AUGGCUUCAAUUACACGGUGCUUGAGGGUCGCUCGACCCGCAGCGUUCUCUGCCGUUGCCAGAAACUCGGUCCCUCGCACUAUCGGCGCCCGCGCCUUUUCUGUGACGGCUUCAAAUGCGAUAAAAAGAUACACUAAGGAGCACGAGUGGAUCGAUAUUUCUGCAGACAAGAAAACCGGCGUCCUGGGCAUUAGCGAAUACGCUGCCAAGCAGUUGGGCGAUAUCGUCUACGUCGAGCUGCCGGAAGAGGGCAAGGACGUAAAGGUCGCCGAGGACGACUCGCACGGCGGCGGUUGGAUCGCCAAGGUUCAACUUACUGAGCAGGGGGUCGAGGACUUUGAGAAGAUGAUGGACGUCGCAGCAUACGAAGAGUUCACUGCCGUGGAAGAGGAGCACUAA